AUGAAAGUGGACAAAGAAUCGUGCCUUCCGGGCCCUGUGGACACUAAGCCGAUGUUAUCCGACAGGAAAGGGAGUCUUAAGGUGACCAUCACCCCGGCACAACACAGGACCCUCACACACUUGCCCAAGAGACCGCCAGUGGAUUUGGCGUUCACCGAUCUGACGUACAAAGUGCAGGAGGGAAGAAAAAGCAAUGUGAAGACAAUUCUCAAGUCGGUCUCUGGCCGACUCCGGUCAGGGGAGCUGACGGCCAUUAUGGGACCUUCAGGCGCUGGCAAAUCCACACUCCUUAAUAUCCUCACAGGAUACAAGACAUCGGGUAUGGAAGGCAGUAUCACAGUGAAUGGUAUGGAGCGCAACCUCUCAAGUUUCCGUAAGCUGUCCUGCUACAUCAUGCAGGACAACCAGCUCCAUGGUAACCUGACUGUGGAGGAGGCCAUGGCUGUAGCCACUGCUCUUAAGCUGCCCAGUGCCACUACCAGCGCUGAUAAGGAGGAAGUGAUCCACGAAAUCUUGGAAACCCUUGGUCUAUCAGAACACCACAAGACGAUGACCUCGAAUCUCUCUGGAGGUCAGAAAAAACGACUUUCGAUCGCCUUGGAGCUGGUGAACAACCCUCCUAUUAUGUUCUUUGACGAGCCCACUUCUGGUCUGGACAGUUCUUCUUGCUUCCAAUGUAUAUCUCUGCUGAAGACCCUGGCUAGGGGUGGCAGGACUAUUAUCUGCACUAUCCAUCAACCUUCUGCGAGGCUGUUCGAGAUGUUCGAUCAUUUGUAUACGUUGGCUGAUGGACAGUGUGUGUACCAGGGAAGCACUGGACGACUUGUUGAAUGGCUCGGCAGUUUGAGCCUGCAGUGUCCGUCGUACCACAACCCGGCUUCGUUCAUCAUUGAAGUGUCCUGCGGCGAGUACGGAGACAACACUGGCAAGCUGGUGCGAGCUAUUGACAACGGAAAGAAUGAUAUUAGAAAUGGCGUGCCGUUCCCUGAGAGCAAAGUGCCAGACUACAACAAUAAGAAGGCAAUGGAAGAGUCACUGAACACGGAAUGGAACAAGAAUGACCUGUCUCAAGUCCAGGAGAAGUUCAGAGAUGGCAACAACGCUACCAAUGGAAACGGCAACUUACAGAAUGGAAUCUUGCAGUAUGCUGCUAGCGAAAUUGCUAAAGGUGAACCGCUGGUAGUCCAAAUGGAUUCGGAGAAGCAGGAUAAUGUGGAAGUGGCACUGUUGGGUGGCGAGGGCUCGCCCAGACGGUAUGCGACGUCAGAACUCACCCAGUUCUGGGUGGUACUUAAACGAACGCUGCUGUUCAGCAGACGAGAUUGGACUCUGAUGUACCUCCGUUUGUUCGCGCAUAUCCUGGUCGGCUUCUUGAUUGGUGCACUGUACUAUGACAUCGGUGACGACGGCUCCAAAGUACUCUCAAAUCUUGGUUUCCUGUUCUUCAAUAUGCUGUUCCUCAUGUAUACUUCUAUGACCAUCACUAUUCUUAGUUUUCCCCUUGAGAUGCCUGUGCUGGUGAAAGAACACUUCAAUCGAUGGUACUCGCUACGGUCUUACUAUCUCGCUAUCACUGUAUCGGAUAUACCGUUCCAGGCAAUAUUCUGUGUGAUCUACGUGGUGAUAGUAUACUUGCUGACGUCACAGCCACCGGUUUGGUUCCGAUUCGCGAUGUUCCUGUCAUCCUGUCUGCUCAUCUCAUUCGUGGCGCAGAGUGUAGGACUUGUAGUCGGGGCUGCUAUGAAUGUUCAGAACGGCGUGUUCCUGGCUCCAGUAAUGUCAGUACCGUUCCUACUGUUCAGUGGAUUCUUUGUGUCAUUCAACGCUAUCCCGGUGUACCUGCGGUGGAUCACGUACCUGUCUUACAUCAGAUACGGGUUCGAGGGCACUGCUCUCGCCACGUACUCCUUCGAUAGACCCAAGCUUAAAUGCCAUCAGACUUACUGUCACUUCAAGAACCCUGAAACCACUUUGGAAGAGCUGGACAUGUUGAACGCAGACUUCACGCUGGACAUCGCAGCUCUCUGUCUCAUAUUCCUCGUCCUACGUAUAUCUGCGUUCCUCUUCCUCCGCUGGAAACUCAAAUCUACCAGAUAA